AUGAAGCUUCUUUUCCUGUUUCUUGCCAUCCUUCUGGUCAUGGAACCAGUGGCACCAGGCAGACAUCACUCUCUACCAUGCUUGGGCAACAAGGGAACCUGCAGGGUCUCUUGCAAAAAGGAUGAAAAGCCCUACCUCUACUGCAGAAACUAUCAACCCUGCUGUGUCCAGUCCUACGUGAAGAUAAACACAUCUGCCAAAGAGGAAAGGAACCACCAUCCAAAAACGUCUUGAGUGCUGGUGAUCACCAUCCUCAAUUCCUCUGGGAACCCAGACCUGCUGUC